CUUCUAUCGAAAGGUCAUUACAACUGCGAAUGCCCGGCGUCCCCGCUUCGGCAGGCAAGCGACCGCAGGCGCACGAUUUGCCUAUGCAGCUACAUAUCAUUAUGCUGCAGACAGUGUAGUAGCCUCCUCGAAGUUAUCAUAGCCGCGACCAGCGGGCACAGCCGCACAAUGCAGUCAAACUGGUUGUGUGCAUAAUACUCUAGCAUGGAUAUGUAGCGUUGGCGUGAGUUACGCCCUCCCAUUCGCGUUCCCCCUGCCUCGCGCCAGCCUUUUCGUCGGUUAGCCGUACGGGGGCCACUACUGGUCCGACUCCUGCCCGCAAUAAAUACCAAGGGCCGGCCCGCUCCAGGCACAGCAUCGAGCAAGGCUCAUAGCGCUUCACCACAUAGCGCAAGCCAGGACCUAGACGCACUUGCCCCCACACCGAGCAUUUCUACCUCGCCUUCCAGGACUACCUGAAUUUAGUAGCCAUCGGAGCUCUGGACACUAGUGCAAGUUGCUUCCACUCGCAAACAUGAGAGCGUCAGCAUUGCUGGCGCUAGUGCUGGCGGCAGGCCUCGCCUGCUCCGCGCUCGGCCAGACCUUCCCGCCCUACAGCUGCACGCGUGACCCGCAGCAGUCGCGAUUCCGGCUGGACAUGCCCUACACCGUCGCCGGCAACCGCGUGUGCAUGACCACGCGCGUGGUGCCAUGCGCUAAGCCCGGAUCGCCCUGCUGUGACAAGAAGAUCGACCUGUACAAGAUUGAGCUGGACAUUAACGCUCAGUGCAAGUUUGCGGUGACGGGCGUGACGGUCAACGGUCGCCCCGCGCUGGCGCCCACGUUUGACCCGUACGGCCCCUCUAACUCCAACAAAGCCGUCAUGAAGCUGACCGGCCUCAACCUCACACUCGCCACCGCCGAGGGCGCCGUGGUGUGCAUGAAGCUGGGCGGCGCCUGCUCCACCAUGGACACCCUCUGUACCGUGGGCAACGGCUUCUGCCAGACUGCGCUGGUGCAGAGCGGCACCUGCAACUGCUGUCCUGUGCAGAUGCUGGGCUUCAUGCCCCCGCCGCCCUCGCCCCAGCCGCCCAACCCCCCGCCUCCCCCUCCUCCCAGCCCCCCUCCUCCGCCUCCUCCUUCUCCCCCUCCUCCCAGCCCGCCCCCGCCGUCUCCCCCUCCUCCCUCUCCUCCCCCUCCCUCUCCUCGCCCUCCUUCCCCAGCGCCCCCGUCUCCCAAGCCCCCCAGCCCCCAGCCUCCUUCCCCUCGCCCUCCCAGCCCCCCUCCUCCGUCGCCUCCUCCCCCGUCUCCUCCCCCUCCCUCGCCUCCUCCUCCUAGCCCUCCUCCUCCCUCUCCUCCUCCUCCCUCGCCACCUCCUCCCUCACCUCCUCCUCCUUCGCCACGCCCUCCUUCUCCUGCGCCUCCUUCGCCCAAGCCGCCCAGCCCGGCGCCCCCCAGCCCGCGCCCUCCCAGCCCCCAGCCUCCUUCCCCCAAGCCUCCCAGCCCUCCUCCUCCGUCGCCCCCUCCCCCGAGCCCGCCUCCUCCCUCGCCUCCUCCUCCUAGCCCUCCUCCUCCCUCUCCGCCUCCUCCGUCUCCUCGCCCGCCUUCGCCUGCGCCUCCCUCGCCCCGGCCUCCCUCUCCGCCUCCUCCGUCUCCCCGCCCGCCCUCGCCUGCGCCUCCCAGCCCCGCGCCGCCCUCGCCCGAGCCGCCCCUGCCCCCCAGCCCUGAGCCGCCCAUGAACCCUCUCACCCCCGCCAUCCGCCGCCCGCCGCCGCCCGUGCCCGUCAGCUUCCCCUUCUGCGAGUGCAACCGCACCGUCGGCAACGUGCCCUUCACCUUUGACCCCACGCCCGUGGUGAAGAAGGCGGCGUCGGGCCCCAACAAGAUGUACUGCCUCACGCUCUACACCACCGACUGCAUCGACCCCAGCAACAAGUGCUGCGCCCAGCGCCUGUCCAAGGUGGAGUGGUGGAGCAAGGACGCGUGCCGCAGCAGCGUCAAGGCGGUGUACCUAGAUGGCGUCAAGGUGGACCAGCAGUGGGCGCCGAAGGGCACGUUCAAGAUCCCCGCGCUCAACAUGGCCGCGGCGUCCGUGCCUUCGGCAGGUCGCGAGGUGUGCAUUGAGCUCAAUGCCAAGAGCGCCUGCCCCACGCUGCAGUCGUUCUGCGCGCGCAGCGCCCAGGGCCGCUGCUACUACGCCAUGUUCUCAGAGGACAAGACGUGCUGCCCGCUGGACACGUUCGUGGCAGUCAGCGGGCGCCGGUAAUACCGUAGCCCAGGAAGCUCGUGUCGUCAUGUGCUGUACUUAGUCGUCUAGGCAUAGGUAGGCCAGAGGUAGAUGUGUGAUGGGACAGGGUUCAAGGCAGGUUGGCGAGGUCCCGUAGGGUGCAGCCGAUGCCCGGACCCGUAAGCAGACAGCAGGUAGGCCAGAGGUAGAUACGGUAGUUAGUUAUUAGGUCGGCCGCAUGAUUGCUCUGCUCCUGUGUCACUGAUUGCGUGCUAGGCAGAGCGUGUUACUGAAUGGUAAGGCAGGGGCGUAUUGGUAGUUUGGUGUGCUGACACUAUCCAAAGGAGGACAGGCUAGCUUUUCCUACGACUCCCAAGUGGUUGACAUAGCGGUGAUGACUGCUAGCAUAGCCAUUGGCGUGUUGAUUGCACCGCCAAUAACGUAUUCCAAGAAACUUAACGGGCCGCUGUCCCACGAGUGGGCAGAGGUCUCAUUAGCUACAAGCAGUCACUUGAAUGCAGGCAAGGUUGAGUAAGCGAGGGCGCAUGACACUGGCACGAUAUGCAUGGUUGUGCGGCAUCAUAUAUUCAAAUGAUGAUGCCGUCUUUGCGGCUGACUGCACAUGAAGCCUACGUAAACAGUCCGCAAUGCAUUACGGUAGUGAAAGCAUACAUGUAACAGGCUCAUAGA